CCGGAAGUGACAGACUCAUCGCCUUUUAUAUAUGUCAAUGCUCAUCGCUCUGCUCGCUCGUCAAAACAAAAACAACCCCGUUGUCUGUCUGUUGUCGCCUCCUCUGAACGUGUUAUAACCGUGACAACGAUAUCACGGACAACGUAACGGCCAGAUGAUCCAAAACGGAGUAACAGAAACCGCUGAGUCAAGCCGUUAACGUCAACUUUCAAAAAAAAAAAAAAAAAGUCGCGUUAACGUUAGCUUAGCUGGUUAGUUUAGUUAGCUCCUAGCUCUCCGUCGGUUAGGGCUGGAAGGGAUACAGCUACGGCGACGACAGUUAUGUUUAAACACCAAAACGAAUAGUUUAGUUCAGGAAAAAUAUCGUGGUUUGAAUUUAAAACACUCCCGCGUUUCCUGGACGAAAUUACUGAAGUUAUAUUAUUUUAGUCGAUAUUUUUGCGUUAUUUUGCCGUAGCUGUAUCCCUUCUAGCCACGACCGUGUCCCCUCUACAUGGCGUCCUCAGCGGGGCUCCCCCCGCUCGGCCCGGACCGUGCUGCCUCAUCCCCGGGCCUGAGGCCUCUUCUCCGGCCCCAUCACCCCCAUCUGGCUCACCCCACCACGGGGUGUGUGAUGGUUGAGUCCGUGGACGACGCGGAGGGUCUCUACGUGGCGGUGGAGCGGUGCCCGCUGUGCAGGACCUCCCGCCGCAGACUCACCUGUGCCCGGUGCGUCCAGGCCGGGGACUUCGUGUACUUUGACGGGAGGAACACUGAAAGAUACGUUGAAAAGUUGGAGCGGCUGAAGAAGCUGAAGGAAGAGAAGGAGCAACUGCAACAGAGAGUCAUCCACAACAUGGACCAGAAGCUGCAGGCCGAUGAGAUGAAAUGGAAGAUCAUGUCGUGUAAGAUGAAGAUCGAGCAGCUGAAGGAGGCGGUUGCCGGGGCCAACGACGAGGAGAAGAACGAUAAGGAGCUGCUGCGCUGCUCUCUGGAGGAGAGCCAGCGGCUGCAGCGCCGGGCCGGGCGCCACCAGGAGAAACGGGAUAAGAUCGAGCGCCACAACAGUCGCCUUGGCGACCUGCUGGAGCGCCGCAGCCGCGAGCUGCAGAGCCGGCUGGCCGCGCUGGCCGCGCUGAGACGGGAACACAUCCUGGAGCUCCGCACGCACAUCUUCCCCACGCAGGAGGAGAAGCAAGGCAGCAGAGACCCCGCUGACGUGGUGGCAGAGUGCGACCCGGCGCUGACCUCCAGCACGGUGAGCGAGCUGGCCGAGGCGCGCCGGACCACCUACCUGUCGGGCCGCUGGAUCUGGGACGACCAGAACGGAGAGACCAGCAUCAGCAUCACCGGGGCGCCCGUCACGCUGCCUAGCAACGGAGACUGCUCCGCCUACUACUGCUGGGUGGAGGAGAAGAGCACCAAUCAGGGCCCAGAGUGUGACCACAUCAACCCGGCCCACACCAUAAGUGCGGCUCUCUGCUACGCCACGCAGCUCGUCACCAUCCUGUCUCACAUUCUGGACGUCAACCUGCCCAAGAGGCUCUGCAACAGCGAGUUCUGUGGGAAUCUGAGCAGAUAUCGUUUCACCAGAGCUCUCAGCAAACUCAACACCAACAUCCUGCACCUCUGCUUCUCCCAGCAUGUGGACAGCGAGAAGCUUCACCCUCAUCACACUCUGAGAAACAUCAUGUUCCUGGUUUCCCCUGACAACGACAACCUGGGCAGGACGGGCCCGUUCGAGGUGAGUGCUGACCUGGAGGUCGAUGGGUUGUGGGCGGGCGGCGGCCCAGCGGAGGAGGCGGAGCAGGCUGUGACGGACGAAGAGACGGACCUGGGGACGGACUGGGAGACGGUGCCCAGUCCUCGCUUCUGUGACAUCCCAUCACAGUCCAUGGAUCUUUCCCAGAGUGCAUUGCAGGUGUCCCAGCCCUCUGCUAACGCCGGAGGGAUGAUCUCGUCUGCGGCUGCGUCCGUCACAUCCUGGUUCCGAGCUUACACCGGCCAGCGCUGAUCCAAGCCGACAGGAAGCUGUGGAACGGGUCUGGAGCGCUCCGACUCUGGUCCGGGGUCAGAGGUCAGCGGUCAGCGGGGGGGAUCCAGGCACAUUAUCCACAGGAACCAAUCGCUUUUCAUCGUUCUGGAUCAAACGGAGCCGCCUC